AUGGACGACCGCGUGUUCCGAGCGUCCCUCCACGCGUGCGCCAUCUGCUUCUCUGAGAAGCCCGGGACGGAGUGUGUGCGUACCGCGUGCACACACGCGUUCUGCACGGCGUGCAUGAGGGCGUUUGCAGAGGCGCACGUAACAGAAGGCAAUCUCCAGGCGCUCAAGUGCCCUGAUACCAAGUGCCGUGCGCCUCUCUCUUACGGUAAGCCUACCAACAAACUCUUCUCCCUUCCGAGAGGCGCACGUGGCGGAAGCAAUCUCCAGGCGCUCGAGUGCCCUGACACCAAGUGCCACGCUCCGCUUUCCUAUGAUCUCCUGCGCACACUCCUCCCUGCUGCGCUUUUCUCCCGGUGGGAGCAACUAACUCUUCAACGUUCCCUAGACGCCAUGCCAGACAUUGCCUUCUGUCCACGCUGCUCUCAGCCCGCAGUGGAAGACCCUUCAGACCACCACGCGCUGUGCCCCGGGUGCUUCUUCUCCUUCUGUGGGUUGUGCCGCGAGGGCUUUCACCGUGGCAGGACCUGCAUCACUCCCGAGCUUGCACUCAAACUCAUGAAGCUGCGGAAGCAGGAGCGAUCUCUGGCAGAGGAGGAGUUGAGGAAGCAAAAGGACCUGGAGCAACAAGUGCUUAGCCUCAAGGUUGUGGAGGAGUCGAGUGUGCAGUGCCCCGUGUGCAGCAUGGCCAUCAGCAAGAGCGAGGGGUGCAACAAGAUGGUCUGCCCCACCUGCAACACCUUCUUCUGCUACCGCUGCCACGAGCGCAUCGAUGGUUACGACCACUUCAUGGAGGGCAAGUGUGUGUUGUUUGAGGCAGCAGAGAUAGAGCAAUGGGAGAUGCAAAUGGCAGCCAUGGCUGAAGCACAGCGCCACAACCAUCGAGCCGCGCCUCCCCUCGGGGCGGAUGGCAGGCCGCUGCUUGCGAGACGCUGCCCCAAUUGCCGUCAAUUCAACUAUAAGGAAGGGAGGAAUAACGACAUGCAUUGCAGGAAUUGUCGCACUCGCUUUUGCGGGAUGUGCAACCAAAUAAUGAGAAAUGUGUAUCAUUUUCGACCGAAUGGAUGUCGCCAACACACUGAUGACUAA